GCAGUCCCAAUUGCCGACCUCAUCCAGCGCCACAGUGGACUGGAGGCACAUUUAGGCAACUUGUCGCCGUGUUUUCGCUCGAUCGAUCGAGGACGAUGAUCACGAUAAGUCUAUAGGGCUUAUACCCUUUCUGUCGCUGCGCCGCGUCAAUAUCGAUGGCUGAGUCUCGCCCGGGGAAGAUGUCGGCGGAAACUCCACGACCGCGACGAGGGCAAUUCGACUCUCUACUGCCUUGCAAUAAUUGCAGAGAGAAGCAUGUGAAAUGUCACUACGAUUCAGAUGGCCAAUGUCAACGGUGUAAGCGUGAAGGCGAAGAGUGUGUGCGCGAACGAACCAGGAUCCGAUUCCGUCAUGGUUCUCGUGGCAGCUUCCAUACCACCUUCGCCGAAGACCAGCCCUGGGUGGGCACGGGAGGGAUAUUCCAGUUUGUCAAUGAGACGGCUGGGGUUGUAGCAAGUUACUUGCAACAAGAGGGCCCCGAUAGAGAAUCAGAUGCCGUGGUGGAAGACGAGCCAUGGGGUGAUCACAAUGUCCGGUUAUUGACAGGACAGACACCGGCAAGCGGUGGCACCAAGAAGCAGCCUGAGUCCUCUGCGUUGGUAACCUGUGCGAGAAAUGUACCAGGUGCAUCUACGCCAAGACGUUCGUUCUCUGGCAGCAUCUCCUGCGAGCCAUCGCAUGGGAGGAACGAGAUCGAUAGGGAGCAACCGACAGGCAGAGGCAUGAGUGGUCAUGCUCAAGAGCCAGCUUCCACACCAUUAUCAUCAUCGUCGUCGUCGCAGGCCUUCCCUCUUCCGCGCUACCGCCCCAGGGUCCCGUCAUAUUCGGCCCCUCGAACACCCUCUGAUUAUCCUUCUGUGUCUGAUUUCUCCAGCCCAGGAUCAGCGUCUGCGUACCAGAUUUUCCAGCAGGCUGUCCUUCAAGAUCCUACUACAGACCCUUUCUGGGACGACCUAGUGAAACGACCCGCCAGAGAAACGUUCCACGAUGGCCACGGCCGCCUGCAGGCAGUACUUCUUCGUUAUUAUGCAGAAGAGAUUGCCGACCGGUUCGACCUCUGCGAUCCUGAACGCCAUUUUGCUCGGGUGGUCCCUCAGCGAGCGCGCUCCUGUCCGCCUCUGUUAAACGCGAUCUUUACCACAUCAGCCCGCCAUCUCACACGGCUCCCAAGGCACCGUCAUGCAGCAGGGGCAGUGGAGUGGAGAGGCAGCCUUCUUCCUGAUCUGACUGAGGAAGUAGCCGUGUAUUAUCAUAAUGAAUGCAUCCGAGAUCUGUUGAGAUUGAGUGUUGACCCGGAACAGAUUCACGAUGAGAACCUUCUAGCUGCGGCGACCAUCCUCCGGACGGACGAAGAGAUGGAUUCUCCGGUGCGGGAUGGCGACGGUGACCAGGAGGUGUUUCUGCAGAUGUUGAACAUUUUCAUCAACGCACAAGUUCCAGCUGUGACAGCGACUUCUCAGCCGCGACCUGGUUACCUUGAGCAGCAGAUCAACAACAACACCGCGAGUGGCAUGCAGGCUUUUGAGGGGAUGGGCCAUGCUCACCCUGCCCAGGAUCUUCACGUCCAAGGCCUGCGGCAAGCUGUCAUCCGGAUUGCCCUCCGCCAGGAGCUCUUCACAUCGUACAUGAAGCACCGUCCGUUGAAGUUCCCUCCCUUCCAUUAUGAACCUUUUCGUGGUUUCUCCCCAGCUGACGACACCAUGUGGGCUCAUCGUCUUGUGAUUUUCUGUGCCGAUGUGUUGCAGUAUUGUUAUGGAGCCAACGACGCAGGGACACCUCAUCACUCUGAGAUACAGUGGCAGGAGCUAAAGCGCUACGGUGAAGAAUUAAGACUGGCACUGCCAGAGUCCUUUGCGCCCAUUUUCUAUCGGCCCCCGAACAUAGAGACGGAGGAGAUCUUCCCAGAGAUCUGGUACCUGCAAGAUUGCCAUGUCACGGGAAUGAUGCACGCAGAACUGGCACGACUGUUACUGGCAGUAUACAAUCCCACCCGACCUCGAUUGGGUCAUGGAUACGCCGCCAGCAUGCGGGAGCUCACCUUCGAGCUUCAAAAGACCGUGUUGCGGCUCUGUGGGAUUGCACUCAGUAACCGCCAGUUGCCGUCCGUGUUCAUCGAGGCAUUCAUGGGCAUUUCCACGUACGGGGAGUAUUUUGAGGACCAAAGGGCACAAGCAGCAUUACUUGGCGUUCUGGACGUGAUGCACGAAGAGCAUGCUUAUCCCACCGCAAAGAUCGUCCAGGCGUUGAAAGAGGCGUGGGGUUGGGUUUGAGAUUCAAUGACUAUUCAGCAUGCAGGAAAAGGCACAAUCUUUGCUUGCAGAUCGAAAAGAAAAGAAAAGAUGUCGAGUUAUAGCGAGUCU